AAAACUAUUUCUGUUUCUCUAAAGACUUCAUCUUGGCUAGAGAAGAAGCUCGUUACUAUAAAUAUCACAAACUCCUCGAUUGCUUCAAGAGGAACAGUUCGCGCUCUUCUACUACUGACAGUGCCUUCAUCGGUUUUUGCAGACUAAAGGGUAAUGCUAGAGUCCAUUCCACAACCAUGGGUACCUUACCUGGUGCUGCUGCUCAACACUUUAGUCUUUCAUUUAAUGAGAAGAAUUUUCUUAAUGUUUUGCCCAGUUCCUAUGCGGAUCGUAAUCGCCGAGAUCAUCGCUACGUUAGAGCUUUGUACGGGCUGCGCUGAAUUAGGUGUGGUGUAUGAAAUUCACGGCUACUUGGGGCUUGGUCUUGCUCUUUUAGCUGUGUGCUUCUGGUGGUGUUCCGUCUGGGGUGAUGCCGAAGCCUGCCCGUGCGGUCCCUUUGAAGAAUGCUUAUUUGGAUCUGGUUUCAAUGCUGAGGUGAUGAAAAAGGUUCUAGGACAAGCAAUUGGCGGAGCAAUCACAUCUCUAUGGUUGAACUACAUCUGGUCUUUCCACAUGAUACCUGAGCAUGAAGCUCUUCAUACCGCAGCAGAAUGCCAAGCCGGUUUACAGGUGCACAUGGCAUAUGGAGCACUUAUAGAAGGACUGAUAACAUUGAUUAGUCGAGUGGUUGCAUUAGAAUCUGCUUUUUGGACAGCUGAACUAAUGAUAUCAUCAAACGCCAUAGUGACAACGAUUCUAGUUUUAGCAGCUACAAGCACUACAGGAGGUUUCUUCAACCCUGUCUUAGCUACUGCAUUGACACUGGGCUGUAAAGGCAACACUUUAAUGGAACAUAUCGUUGUAUACUGGAUUGGCUCACUUGUUGGGGGUUUUAUUGGUCGAUAUUUGUUUGAAAUACGUUUUAGCUCAAGAAAAAUAAAAGAGCUUUAAUAAUGACGAAGAGCACACAAAUGAGAAUAAGACGUUGCUCAAAUAUUUUUUCUGACUGAGUGUGCCUAAUAUAAGUAAGACAUCCCAUUGUUAAAUAAAUUGUAUUUUCUCUUUUUAGGCCUCAAAGUAGACAUAAUUGAAUAUAUUUAUUGAUUAAAUAAAGCGGUAAAAGGUAAUUUAUAUUUUUUCCACUCACAAAAUGCAAUGGAGAACUAAGAAUUACUUUUUCUCAUAACGAAAGAUUAUAACCUAUAUUGUCACGCAGGUGUGAAUCUUAUUUGUAAAAAUAUGCAUUCUAGAAAUAUUAUUUCAAUGAUAUAUUUUGUGUCAAUAUUUAUCAUCUUUUCAAUUUCAACCUCUACCUGGUCUCUACCUUACCGUGAUAUUUAGGAUGUCAAAAUAUCUUCUAUAUUCGGCAUGACUAUGAGAAGUAAUAGAUAAAAAAGGUCUUAAAGCGUAUAAAAUAAGUACGGUCUUUAAUCGUGUAAACUUACAAAUGAAAGCAUUUCCAAAAUGAAGUGCGAAUAUUUCUCUUAAAUAUAACCCAUUCAUUUUUUAACAUGGACACAAAUGAGUGCUAGACAUUUUACCAAACGUGUGAUCCACCUUUUUCAUUCCAUUCAUAAAGAAGGUUUGUAAUUUGAGCCAUAUGCGCUCAAAAUAUUUGACUUCCGUAUUAAAUGAAAGCGCUGAGUUUUAAACACGUCUUUUAAGUUUCGGAACAAUCAAAAAUUGAACGAUGCAAAACCAAGACUACAAGAAGUAUGUGGAACAAGCGUGCAUUCAAUGCUUCAAUUACUUCUAAUGUUUGCUGACUAGUACGACUGAUCAUGUUGGGGGGGCGAACGUUUUUGAGCUGAUUCUGCGGAUAUGCUGUUGUUUUAAUACUUGUAAGAUUUCACAAGACCUUUCGGUGUGAAUCAUUGCUUUGUUAAGCAAAAGUUCCCUGUAAAUCACGUUUUUUGCAUUUCAAGAAAUUGUGAGCAUUUCUUUAUGUCCUGAGUGAACUAUUCUGCAUUUCUUAAUAUUGAAAGGACCUGCAUGACGAUAUUCCAUGAAUUUCCUUUUUUCGCAUUCUUACAGCGAUCAUCAUAAUCAUACAUUUAUGAAUUUCGAGCUGUGUGUAACCUUCUAGUGUCAAACCUGUGUUACUGUCGUUGCUUUCGAUACAGUACAGAGGAAUUAAUCAAUGGAGUUAAACAAUAAAAUGAAACUAAACUGAUUUACACCUUAUAGUUGCAUUUACUUAAACAGGUAAAGGCAAUUAAACAAUGAGAUUAAACUAAGCUCAUUUAGUUCUAAUAGUUGCAUUUACCAAGCAGGUGUAUGUAAUUUUCUACACCAAUCGCCAGGGGCGCUGUUUGUGCAUAAAUCAUCAAAUUCUUCAACUAAAUUAACCCGAAAAGUGAUAACCAGUCAAUCAUUUGUUUGUUUUUCUUGGAAAAUGAUUUCUGUAAUUUAGUCCAACAAAUUUCUCUAGAGCAAUGCUCAUCUCAUGAAAAAGAAUGAGCAGAAAAACAAAAUAAUUUCCUUAAAUCGCAUGUUCCUUCCGUUAAAGAAGAUCCAUAUUAUAUUGCAACCGUGCCUUUACCAAGUAUGUGGUUUUUCACGUGAAAAAGUCAAAUUAUGCUUAUAAUGCGAGAAAAACAUUACAUUAAUGCAUAGUAAGACAAAUAUACCUUUUCAUAUUGCUGCUACAUUGGAAGCAAUGCAAACAAAUAUAUUUUGUUAUUUAAUAGAUAUAAAUUACGUUUAAUAAAUUUCAUUACAAAUGUCUUUUGUAAAUAUCUUUUACAGUCAACUUAAGACACAAUCAAAAGCGUAGGAAUUUGGAAGUACCUGCAAAAUGAAAUACAUGCAAACAUGAAUAUUUAAAUUUGGGUAUAAUAUUUUCUUGGUGUAAAAGGAAAUAAAAUGCUUAUAAAUUAAUUUUAUAAAGAAAAAAAAGAUGUAAUAAAGACAUUUUCUUAUA